AUGGCGGGAUCAGCAACCGCAGCACGUGCAUCUGAACUCAGAAUUGUGAUCUUUGGAAAGAGUCAAAAUGAAAAGACAGCAUUGAAUAACAUCAUCACAGGGAAAAAAGACUCGUCUGUUCUAAAAAUACCUAAGAAAACUACUGCCCAGGGCAAGUGGAAGAAAAUACCCAGAACAGUGGUGAAAACCAAAGACCUCUUCAGUCUGCCUGUAGAAAAAGUGAGACACAAGAUGAAGACGCAUGUUGCUGAUUGCCCCCCUGGACCAAAUGUUCUGCUGCUGUUAGUGAACCCUUCUGAUUUUACUGAGGUGGACAGAAAAACACUGAAGUUCAUCCUGAGCUUGUUUGGUGAAGAUGCUUUUAAAUACUCAAUGGUCAUCACAACACACAAUGACAAGAGAAAAAAUGUGGCGGUAGAUCAACUCAUCCAAGACUGUGGACAAAGGCAGCAGGGAAUUAACAUUGAUAAAAAAGACUUUUCAGACCAUGAUCUCCAAACACUGAUGGAAAAGAUGGAAAACAUUGUGAGUGACAACAGGGCAGGAUAUCUAAACCUUGCUGAAAGGGCUGAGACCUUGGAAGCAUCUGAAUGUGCAGAAUCAAAACCUCCUCUGAACUUAGUGUUGUGUGGGAGAUUUGGAGUUGGGAUGACAUCAGUAGCUAAUGCCAUUCUGGGAGAAAUGAGGUUUAGACAGCUUGCCAACUCAUCAAAGUGUGUUAAACAUCAGGGAGAGGUGUGUGGACGUUGGGUUUCCCUGGUGGAGUUGCCUGCCUUGUAUGGAAAACCUCAGGAGGCAGUGAUGGAGGAAUCAUUCAAGUGUAUCUCCCUCUGUGAUCCUGAGGGCGUCCAUGCCUUCAUCCUGGUCCUACCUUUGGAUCCUCCCACUUAUGAAGACAAGGAAGAGUUAAAGAUCAUCCAGAACACAUUCACUUCCCGAGUCAAAGACUUCACCAUGAUUCUGUUCACUGUGGAGUCAGAUCCUACAGCUCCAGCUGUUGUUAACUUUAUGAGUAAGAACAGAGUCAUCCAGGAGCUCUGUCAGAGCUGUCAAAAAUAUGACGUCUUCAACAUCAAGGAUAAGCAGCAGAUCCCAGAGUUGUUGGAUGCUGUGGAAAAGAUGAGAGCUGGUAAAUCCAGAGGCUUCACAAAGGAAAUGAUGGCCAAGCCCCGGGUGAAAAAGGUUGGAAGACAUAAAGUGGAUCUACAGAUGGCAGGUUAUAAAGAAAAGAGCCCAGACCAUCUCAGGAUGGUGCUGAUUGGGAAGACUGGUUGUGGAAAGAGUGCCACUGGAAACACUAUAUUGGACAAGGAUUGCUUUAAUUCUAGAGCCAGCACAAGGUCGGUCACCAAACUUUGCAAAAAAAAAGAGGGAGAGAUUAAUGGGAGGCCUGUCACUGUGGUUGACACUCCUGGCUUGUUCGACACAACUCUGUCCAAUGAUGAAGUUCAACAGGAGCUUGUGAAGUGCAUCAGCCUGUUAGCUCCAGGACCUCAUGUGUUCUUACUGGUGCUGCAGAUUGGCCGCUUUACACAGGAAGAAAAAGUUACUGUGGAACUGAUCAAAAAGUUUUUUGGGAAGAAAUCAGAAGACUUCAUCAUUGUUCUAUUCACACGGGGAGAUGAUCUUAAAAACCAAACAAUUGAGAGUUACAUAGAGGAAGACAGUGAAGACUUCAUCAAAAAACUGAUAACUGAAUGUGGAGGAAGAUACCAUGUCUUCAACAACAACGAUCUGAAGAAUCGUUCUCAGGUCAGCCAGCUGCUGGCCAAGGUUGAGUCAAUGGUAAGUAAAAACGGUGGUGGCUACUACACCUCAGAGAUGUUCAGAGAUGCAGAGGCAGCCAUUCAAAAGGAAAUGGAGAGAAUACUGAAUGAGAAACAAGAAGAGAUACAGAGACAGAGGAGGGACCUUGAAAAAGAACUUGAAGAAAAACUGCAAGUGAAAAGGCAAAGAAUUGAACAGGAAAGAGCAGAGAGACACAAAGCACUCAAGGAAAAGGAGGAACACAUCAACAAAGAGCAGGAGAAGAAGAAAAGGGCAGAGGAGACAAGAGCAGAGGAGCAAAGGGAGAGUAAAAGGCAAGAAGACAUCCAGCGACAGCAGUGGAAGCAAAAACUUUUCGCUUUGGAAAACAAUCUUAAAUGUGAAUCUGAAAAAAAGACAACUGAUGACAGAAAGCUGAUGCAAAACAGAGAAGAAAUACGAAAAGAACGAGAGGCUUGGGAGAAGGAACGAAAAGCAUGGUGGGAGAAACGAUAUCAAGAAGAUCAUCUGAGACAAGAGGAAGAGCAAACACGACUUACAAAGCUCAGAGAUGAAUAUGAACAGGAAAGAAAAGAAUAUGAACUGAAAAGAAAAGUAGAGGAUCAAAACAGAAGAGAACAGGAGGAAAAAGAAUGGAGAGAAUUACAAGAACAGUUUCAGAAGAAAUUGGAGGACAUGAAGAAGAAAAAUGAAGACGAGGCCAGAAAGCAAGCUGAAGAAUUCAAUCAUUUCAGACUUAGAUAUACCAUGGACUUUGCAGCUCUGACAGAGAAGCAUGACAUGGAAAUGGAGGACAUUAAGCAAAAGCAACAAAAAAACAAUGACUUCAUGAUAAAACAACUAAGCAUGAACAGAGCAUAUCAGAAAGACUUUGACAGAUUGAAGAACAAACAAGAACAAGAAAUGAAUGACCUGAAACAGAAACUUUCUGAACAAAGCAAAGAAGUAACUAAACUAAAGAAGGCACAUGAGGAAGAAAUAAAUGUCUGGAUACAGGAACAUGUACAGAAAGCCACAGAAGACAAGGCUUUAUCUGAACUCAGGAUUGUGAUCUUUGGAAAGAGUCAAAAUGAAAAGACAGCAUUGAGUAACAUCAUCACAGGGAAAAAAGACUCAUCUGUUCUAAAAAUGCCUAAGAAAACUACUGCCCAGGGCAAGUGGAAGAAAAUACCCAGAACAGUGGUGAAAACCAAAGACCUCUUCAGUCUGCCUGUAGAAAAAGUGAGACACAAGAUGAAGACGCAUGUUGCUGAUUGCCCCCCUGGACCAAAUGUUCUGCUGCUGUUAGUGAACCCUUCUGAUUUUACUGAGGUGGACAGAAAAACACUGAAGUUCAUCCUGAGCUUGUUUGGUGAAGAUGCUUUUAAAUACUCAAUGGUCAUCACAACACACAAUGACAAGAGAAAAAAUGUGGCGGUAGAUCAACUCAUCCAAGACUGUGGACAAAGGCAGCAGGGAAUUAACAUUGAUAAAAAAGACUUUUCAGACCAUGAUCUCCAAACACUGAUGGAAAAGAUGGAAAACAUUGUGAGUGACAACAGGGGAGGAUAUCUAAACCUUGCUGAAAGGGCUGAGACCUUGGAAGCAUCUGAAUGUGCAGAAUCAAAACCUCCUCUGAACUUAGUGUUGUGUGGGAGAUUUGGAGUUGGGAUGACAUCAGUAGCUAAUGCCAUUCUGGGAGAAAUGAGGUUUAGACAGCUUGCCAACUCAUCAAAGUGUGUUAAACAUCAGGGAGAGGUGUGUGGACGUUGGGUUUCCCUGGUGGAGUUGCCUGCCUUGUAUGGAAAACCUCAGGAGGCAGUGAUGGAGGAAUCAUUCAAGUGUAUCUCCCUCUGUGAUCCUGAGGGCGUCCAUGCCUUCAUCCUGGUCCUACCUUUGGAUCCUCCCACUUAUGAAGACAAGGAAGAGUUAAAGAUCAUCCAGAACACAUUCACUUCCCGAGUCAAAGACUUCACCAUGAUUCUGUUCACUGUGGAGUCAGAUCCUACAGCUCCAGCUGUUGUUAACUUUAUGAGUAAGAACAGAGUCAUCCAGGAGCUCUGUCAGAGCUGUCAAAAAUAUGACGUCUUCAACAUCAAGGAUAAGCAGCAGAUCCCAGAGUUGUUGGAUGCUGUGGAAAAGAUGAGAGCUGGUAAAUCCAGAGGCUUCACAAAGGAAAUGAUGGCCAAGCCCCGGGUGAAAAAGGUUGGAAGACAUAAAGUGGAUCUACAGAUGGCAGGUUAUAAAGAAAAGAGCCCAGACCAUCUCAGGAUGGUGCUGAUUGGGAAGACUGGUUGUGGAAAGAGUGCCACUGGAAACACUAUAUUGAACAAGGAUUGCUUUAAUUCUAGAGCCAGCACAAGGUCGGUCACCAAACUUUGCAAAAAAAAAGAGGGAGAGAUUAAUGGGAGGCCUGUCACUGUGGUUGACACUCCUGGCUUGUUCGACACAACUCUGUCCAAUGAUGAAGUUCAACAGGAGCUUGUGAAGUGCAUCAGCCUGUUAGCUCCAGGACCUCAUGUGUUCUUACUGGUGCUGCAGAUUGGCCGCUUUACACAGGAAGAAAAAGUUACUGUGGAACUGAUCAAAAAGUUUUUUGGGAAGAAAUCAGAAGACUUCAUCAUUGUUCUAUUCACACGGGGAGAUGAUCUUAAAAACCAAACAAUUGAGAGUUACAUAGAGGAAGACAGUGAAGACUUCAUCAAAAAACUGAUAACUGAAUGUGGAGGAAGAUACCAUGUCUUCAACAACAACGAUCUGAAGAAUCGUUCUCAGGUCAGCCAGCUGCUGGCCAAGGUUGAGUCAAUGGUAAGUAAAAACGGUGGUGGCUACUACACCUCAGAGAUGUUCAGAGAUGCAGAGGCAGCCAUUCAAAAGGAAAUGGAGAGAAUACUGAAUGAGAAACAAGAAGAGAUACAGAGACAGAGGAGGGACCUUGAAAAAGAACUUGAAGAAAAACUGCAAGUGAAAAGGCAAAGAAUUGAACAAGAAAGAGCAGAGAGACACAAAGCACUCAAGGAAAAGGAGGAACACAUCAACAAAGAGCAGGAGAAGAAGAAAAGGGCAGAGGAGACAAGAGCAGAGGAGCAAAGGGAGAGUAAAAGGCAAGAAGACAUCCAGCGACAGCAGUGGAAGCAAAAACUUUUCGCUUUGGAAAACAAUCUUAAAUGUGAAUCUGAAAAAAAGACAACUGAUGACAGAAAGCUGAUGCAAAACAGAGAAGAAAUACGAAAAGAACGAGAGGCUUGGGAGAAGGAACGAAAAGCAUGGUGGGAGAAACGAUAUCAAGAAGAUCAUCUGAGACAAGAGGAAGAGCAAACACGACUUACAAAGCUCAGAGAUGAAUAUGAACAGGAAAGAAAGGAAUAUGAACUGAAAAGAAAAGUAGAGGAUCAAAACAGAAGAGAACAGGAGGAAAAAGAAUGGAGAGAAUUACAAGAACAGUUUCAGAAGAAAUUGGAGGACAUGAAGAAGAAAAAUGAAGACGAGGCCAGAAAGCAAGCUGAAGAAUUCAAUCAUUUCAGACUUAGAUAUACCAUGGACUUUGCAGCUCUGACAGAGAAGCAUGACAUGGAAAUGGAGGACAUUAAGCAAAAGCAACAAAAAAACAAUGACUUCAUGAUAAAACAACUAAGCAUGAACAGAGCAUAUCAGAAAGACUUUGACAGAUUGAAGAACAAACAAGAACAAGAAAUGAAUGACCUGAAACAGAAACUUUCUGAACAAAGCAAAGAAGUAACUGAACUACAGAAGGCACAUGAGGAAGAAAUAAAUGUCUGGAUACAGGAACAUGUGCAGAAAGCCACAGAAGACAAGGCUUGUUGCAUUUUAUGA